AUGGCGUCCAUGCUGCAGUUUCGGGUGGAAUGCAAGAAAACGAAGCCUGGGCAGGCAGUCUACGUGGUAGGUUCCGUCCCAGAGCUAGGCUCUUGGAAAGAAUUUAAAUUCGUGGUUGCCAAUGAGCACGGAGCAGAUGCGCAGUGGGAAGGCGGUAACAAUAAAAAACUGGCUAUUCCACCUGGCGGCCCCCACCUGCUUGUCGUGCGCGGUAGCUAUGAGAAGAAAGACAUCACGACCGAAACGCAGAAGGUGCAGGGCGCGCCUGCUGACACGAGUGAGGUCCCGCUAGCCGAGCCAGACGAGCCUUCACGACCGCGGAUGGAUUCCUCCGGGCGGAAACAGAAUGCCUCCCGAUUCCUGAUGUUGAACGAGGACCCACAGCUGCCCUGCCCGAACAUUUUCAAGAUUUUUCUCACCCUUAGCUUUGAUGGGAACUGGUCCAUUUUUGGCGGAAAGACUGAAAUUCAUCAGCAUGUGAUUCAUCAGCACGGAGUUAGAAUCAGCAAGGUUCAGGGACCUCAGUCAAGCAGCAAAACAGUUUGUGAAUUGAAAUGCUUCUUCCUGCAGGACGGCACCACAAAUUUCCAGAUGAGCCGAACUCCUAGCUUGAUGUUGAUCGAUGCAGACGAGUUCUUUGCAGAGGCGGAGGCAGAGGAGCAACAUGUGCUGGAGAUGGAAAGGGAACGUUUGAACACAGUACAACGCCGUAUGAAGAGCACAACCUUGUUGGAAGAGAUGACGAAAAUUACGGACUAUGCCAACCCAUCGGAGACCGUAAUGCUUCAGGCAUUCAAUUGGGAGAGUCAUAAAGCUGGAAGGGGAGACUGGUAUGGCAUUGUGGCAUCCAAGUUGCAGAUGUUCAAGGACAUGGGGAUCACAGAUCUCUGGCUGCCGCCUUGCACAGCCUCAGUCGCACCUCAAGGCUAUUUGCCUUCACAACUUUUCAACUUGGAUGGCUCCAAAUAUGGAAACAAGGAAUCACUGCAGAAGUUGCUGAAGAAGCUGCACGAAUUGGGCAUGAGGGGUGUGGCGGACAUUGUCAUCAACCACCGCUGUGGUGACCAACAGGAUUCACAAGGGCGAUGGAAUGUCUUCACCAGCACAGGCAUAGAGAGGCGAAAAAGCUUCGCCGGCGUCAUGGAUUGGCAGGGUUGGGCCAUCACUCUUGGGUGCCCUUACUCCGACGGCACUGGUGAACGGGGUCCUGGCAAAUACGACGGCAAGUUCGAAGCUGCACCGGACAUCGACCAUGGCAACAUGAAAGUGCAGCAGAGCAUCCAGAUUUGGAUGCGCUGGCUGCGCCUGGAUGUAGGCUUUGACGCCUGGCGUUUCGACUUCGUGAAGGGCUACGGUGCCGAAUUCGUGGGGAAGUACUGCGAGAAGACGGAGCCCGCUUGGGCGGUGGGGGAGCUGUGGCUAGACAUGGCCUACGAUGACAAUGGCUUGGCCUACAACCAGGACAGGCACCGCCAGGAUACCAUCAACUGGAUCAAAGGCACGGGCCAGAAGAGCACGGCGUUCGACUUCACCACGAAGGGAAUCUUACAGGAAGCUGCAAGGAACUGCCAAUAUUGGCGUUUGAAAGAUCCUUCAGGAAAACCUCCGGGUCUCAUUGGUUGGAUGCCAACUCAUGCCGUCACCUUCCUGGACAACCACGACACAGGAAGUACUCAGGCACAUUGGCCCUUCCCCAACGAUAAGAUUCUGGUUGGCUAUGCCUACAUCCUGACGCACCCGGGCAUCCCCAGCAUCUUCUGGGAUCACAUUUGUGAUUGGGGCGAUGAUGUGAGGAACAAAAUCGGCAUCCUUUUGAAGUUGCGAGCUGACUCGGGCAUCCAAGUGGAUGCGCAAGUGAAGAUCCUCAUCGCCGAAAAUGACCUCUACCUGGCAGAGGUUGGUCGCCCAGCCGCCUUGAGGGUGGCCUUAGGCCCACGAGUGGCACCCGACUACGACCGAUCCUAUUGGGAGAAAGGUGGUUCAGGCCACAGCUGGUGCGUGUGGAUCAGCAAAGAGGCCAAGGCGAGAGCUGCCAAAAGCGGCAGCCGGAAAUCUUCGCCUUCCAAAAAGCCUUCCAAAGAGCCGCCCGCAGCAGCGCCCGCCCCAGCGCCUGCAGUGGCAGCAACUGCAGAGGUGGAAGGCAGCCCUGAACGGGUGCCAGAACCUGAUUUCAAUCCACCACAUCGAACCCUGGAACGUCAGCUCAGCAUGUCUGAAGUCUGUCUACGUGUUCGUCUUCCCAAAGAGGAGCCAGGGAUGCAGGUGGUGGUCUGCGGCGAGGUUCCCAGCUUGGGGUCCUGGAAUCCAACCUCUGGAGCGUUGAUGCAGAAGGUGAAAGACCUUUGGGUCCUGAACGACUUGCCACUCGGAGUGGGUGCUGGCACACAGUUCAAGUACGUGAUUUUGAACAAGAAUCAGCCUAGAUGGGAGGGCCGCGGAAAUCGCAACUGGCGUGAGGCUGAGGCACCAGUGGUGACGCACGUUUGGGACAGCACCCAGAAUGAAAAGCCUAAGAAGCCUUCAGUCAAAAAGAAGUUGAGCUUCGAACCCUGCACUGCGAAUGACUUCAUUAACCGCAUUGCUGAUGAGAACGAGGAGCGUGUGAGCUAUCGCUUGAAGUUGGAACUGCCAAGAAUCCUUUUGGAAGAGGACCUUUUGAACUCCUUGUCCGAGCUGGCCAUCCUUCAGGCAUAUCUUACCUUCGUUGCCAGUGGGCAGAUCAGCUGCAAGGAAGACGGCAGUCAUCACCGGCCCUGUGCAGCUGCGAACGCUGCAAAAGCAGUAACAGAAGCUCUGUGGGAGAUCUCCCAUGCAGGUGAUGCCGAGCUCUUCAUUGCCCGACGGAUCUUCCCGUCGCUGCCGUCCUUCUCGGACGAGUUCACCUGCGCAGUGCCGAUGACACGAAUUCGCGACAUCGCACAUCGUGGUGAUAUCCCGCAUGACAUGAAGCAGUACAUCAAGCACAAUCUCCAGAACAAGCUGCACCGCUGCGCUGACCCUGGCGAUCUGAUCAAACUGGACCAACUGGUGGAGCGGAUCGACCGCGAAGGCGGCUACUCCCAGGCCUUCGUCCGGGAGCUGAAACUCUUCCAGGUGGAGUUGCGCGAUUUCUUCAACGCCACCGGUGGAGGGCUGAGUUGUGAGAUGCCGAAGGGAUCCCACGGCUUGGAUGACACUGCUCGACAAAUAGCAGCACAAGAUGCUUCCAUCAAGGGAGCUGUUGAUAUGCUGCUGCACCUCAAGAAUUCUGCAGCUGACCCCUUCGGGCAGAUGACGGCCCUAACAGACUUGAGGAAGUUGGUGGUGCCUAAAGUAGUCGACGAGCAGAAUUGGUUGAGACUUGACAUCGAGCUUGAGAAGUACGCCUUUGUGUUGCUGAGUCAGGUGGCAGGGCAGUUGGAGAAUGAAGGCCGCAAUGCUUCGGGCUCCUGGUGGGAUCGGCUGCUGAAGAGCUUCGUGGCGGCAGUGGCGCAAAUACAGCUCUCGGGUAUUGCCAAGGAUGAAUGCGAGGUGGUGAUGCGUGAAGCAGAAGCCAUUGCCCCGGAGAUCGCUGAUGCCCGAAAAGCGCCCUUUGUGCCUCAGCGGCUGGUGGCGACCAUGGACCGAACUUUAAGAAUCUGCUUUCGGCUCACCACAGCCCUGGAAGCGGCCUAUGCUGGGGUGCCACAAUUGGGGAAGGCCUUGCGGAUUGAUUCUCAUGCAGUGUCUGUCUUUGUUGAAGCUGAGCUUCGGGCAUCGGUGCUCUUCCAGGUCUCCAAAUUGGCUCAGUUGGGAAUGCAGCAAGCGAAAGUUUCAGCUGGGCUACCGUUGUGGACCGCAAUCUCAGCCGGCUCUGGCGUGGGGCGCUGCAUGUUCUUGCCAACGCUGGCAGAUUCGUGGCAAAGGACUCUGCCUCCCGAGGGCGCCGUGAUUUUCUGCAACGAAGCCAGUGGCGACGAAGAGGUCCCACAGCUCGUCCGUGGCGUCGUGGUGUCGCGUGAUCUGCCGGUGCUGUCGCACUUGGCGUUGCGCGCGCGGCAGCUGGGUGUGGUCUUCGCCUGCACCGCUGAGUCCCAGCUCUUUGAAAAGCUCCGCAAAAACGUCCAAGAGACGAAAGCCGUGAAGUUGGUGGUGGAUGCAUCCGGAGAUGUAAGGGCACAGGUGGUGGCCGACUCAGAGCUAAAGGUGACCUCGGGUCAGUCUAGCCAGAGCUCCGCCAAAUCAAAAUUGGGAGAGCUGAAUCUCACUGGCAAAAAGGUCUUGGAAACUGUUUCCAUUGCAGAUCAGCCUCAGAUCGCAGGGAGCAAAGCUGCUUCAUCUGGGAAACUGGAGAAAUUGGCUCAGCAGCUGGGCUUCAAGGCGCCCAAGGGGCUUGCGAUCCCUUUUGGUGUCAUGAAGAGUGCCAUCCAAGGUUCUGACUUUCAGUCCGCCCUGAAGGGCCUGGAAGCUGCUCUCUCAAAAAAUGCUGAUGUAGAAGCCGCUGCACAAGCAGUGAGGGCCGCGAUCGAUAAGCUGUCGGUUCCCAACUCCAUCUUGUCGGAGAUUCAAUCAGGUUUGCCAGGAGCCGAGAGGGUUGCGGUUCGGUCAUCUGCAAACAGCGAGGAUUUGGAAAAGGUCUCUGGCGCCGGGCUUCAUGACUCCGUGCUGGGUGUUGACAUCAAGGAUCAAUCCAAAUUGCAACAGGCCAUCUUGCAGGUGUGGGGAAGCAUGUUCACACUCCGAGCGGUCCAGAGCCGGUAUGCUGCCAAGAUGCCGCUCUACGAUGGCAUCGCCAUGGGUGUCUUGAUCCAGCCCAUGGUGUCGUUGAGUGGCCAUGCCUAUGCCUUCAUCGCUUUCUCCAAAGAUGCCGUCGCGAAGAAUGACAAAGCUGUCUACAUCGAGAUGUGCAUCGGCCUGGGUGAGACUUUAGCUUCUGCCAAUGAGCCUGGCACACCGUAUCGGCUAGUGGUACAAAAGGACCCCCCUCAUGAGGUGCAGAUCGCUUCGCUGGGAAGCUUCUCCAAUGGCCUUGAGGAUUUGCCCAGCGGCCUGCAGCAUGUCCGUGUGGAUUAUUCCAAGGAGCGCCUGAGCACUGACAAGGAUUAUCUUUUGCAGAUCGCCCGUGAUGUGGCCAAGGUUGCUAUAGGCAUUGAGAAAGGCUAUGGAGCUGCAAUGGACAUGGAAGGUGUUGUCUUGGAACGUGGAAGUGGUCGAGAAAUCCAUUUGGUACAGGUCGUGUUAACCCGGACCACUUCCGAGCUGGACGAGUUGGUUGGCAGCCGAGUCAUUUUUGGUGUGAGGCACUGGCAUGGCAACGCCGUCUUGUGGCCCUUAUCGGGAUGCGUGGAGACGCUUGGAUGUGCAUUUUCAAUCGCUGGCAAGACCACGCUGGGCAGAGGAGUUGCGGAGAUUCUGGGCUUUGACUUCGAUGAUUUGGAUGAGGUCAUAACACGCGCAGCCAAUGGCAAGCUGCCCCCACAGAUUGUCGCGGAACAAGGUUGGGAUGCGUUUCGCAAGUUGGAGGCCGACUGCUUCCAAUCUGCCGCCAGUGUUGCUGCUGCCCGGAAGGGGAAGAUCCUUGCAUGUGGUGGUGGGAUCAUUGAAACGGCACCAGCCAUGGACAUCAUGCGAUGUCACAAUCCAGUCAUACUCAUCGAUCGCCACAUUGAUGAUGUGGUUGCAACCUUGGAGGCUGAUCCUGCUGCACAAGUUCAUAGAGCAUCACUUGGUGAGCACCCGCGGGACACUUACAAGCGCAGGCUUCCCAAGUAUGAGGAGGUGGCCAACUUCCGCUUUCCCAUAGCCAAGGGGGAGAAGGACUUGUCCUCACUAACCACAUCGUUUGCGCGUUUUGUGAACAUCGCCUUGGGCAGAGCCAUCCCCAGCACCGUCAGCGAUUCCUUUUUCAUCUCCCUGACGGCACCGGACUACGCCCAAGUAUCGCCGGAGAUCCUUCGUUCGGCGGCCUCCAAUGCAGACACUUUGGAGUUUCGGGUGGACCUCCUGGAGAGUUUGGAACCUGAGAAUGUGAUCCAUCAGGCGGCUUUGAUUCGCCGCAGUGCUCCCGGAACGCCUUUACUGUUUACAGUGCGAUCUGUGGACCACGGCGGCAAGUUUGCUGGGUCUGAAGAUGAGUAUUUCAAGCUGAACUUUUUGGGCCUGCAACUUUGCGCCGAGCUGUUGGAUGUUGAGUGCACUUGGAGUGAGCCUCGCAUCGCUGACUUGGUGGCGAAGCGCGGCCCAUCGCUGCUGGUGGGCUCUUACCACAACUUUGGAAGGAUGCUGAACCGGACGGAAUUGAAGGACGUGUUUCAGAGAUGUAUGCUAAGCGGAGCAGCGGCCAUUGCCAAAGUUGUGGUGAAAGCAGAAGCCCGCGAAGACAACUGGACAGUCCAAGAGGUAGGGAAGGCCACCACACCUGACUCUGCAGCGUUCAUUGGACUUUGCCUGGGAGAAGCUGGGAAGUUGUCGCGGGUUCUGAACCAAGUCAUGUGUCCCUCGAUGCAUCCGAGCCUUGCCCCGGGUGCACCGGGGCAGAUGUCGGUGACCGAGCUCUUGGAGACGCGACAAGCUUUGGGUUUGAUGGGCACCAGCCGCCAGUUCGCAGUGAUUGGACCUUGGGAAGGCGAAGCUCCAAAGACUAGUGCCGCAGCAUCCUUGUCUUUAAGGCUCCUUCAAGCAGCCUUCAAAGCUUUGCAGUUGCCUCACGUCGCGGUGCAAGAUUUCGCCAGGAGUAGUGAAGAGGCUUCACGGCUUUUGGCUUUGGCUUCCACGGGUGGUGCUGUGCUCCUUGGACCACUCACCUCGCAGCUGGCCUCUGAAGCUUGGGCAGACGUGAGUUAUGUGGAUUGCGUGGUGCAGCGGAAUGGGAAGUUGACGGGUCACUGCUGCAAAUCCGAACGGCUUAAGGAGCGACUGCAGCCUCUGGGCUCCAAGCGAACAGCUGCGAUUCUGGGCGAACGUGGCGACCCAGCUGCCUGUGUGGCAGGGCUCCAUGCUGUGGGCUUCCAGCGGAUCGUCACGGCCACGCCCUGUGAGGAGCCAGAUGUGGAAGUGGUCCAAGACCUGUCCAAGGUGAAAGAUUUGGACGCUUUGAUCUACAUGGGGAUGGAGAUGCCACUGGAGAAGUUGCAGCAGAGCCUCACUGAAAUAUGUCAGUCAAACAAACCCAUGGUGAUUGAUAUGUCCUUGCAGAUGGACGAGGCGCCAACUUGGCUAUCAGAGUUGGCAAAGAAGUCAGACUGUCAGAUGGUCAGCUCAGAGGUCUUUCUUUUGGAGGAGAUGCUGGCUUGGUUCCGGGCCUGGCACAUUGAGGCAAAGGCAGAUGUUCUGAAAGAGGUCGUCGCCAAAGAGCUGGUGAACUUCAGAGAGGCUUCACAGCAAGCGCGGCAAGCUUGGACUUAA